CACAAAACACUUAUCAAAAAAUAAAUCAGAUCAAAUGUGCAAACCCUCUGCCCAAACCCCUGUUAGACAGGUUCUCCCCACUAAUGUAAAGCCUGUUCACUAUGAUUUGUCUCUGAAGCCAAAUCUCAAAACAUUUGUAUUCCAUGGUCGUGUCAAAGUGGACUUGGAAAUCAAAGAAGACUCUACAACCAUUGUUCUCAAUACCCACGAUAUCAAGAUCCAUUCUGCAACACUUGCUUCAUCCCACCUUAAGACAGAGUCCACUCAGACUGCAACUGAAAUUACUUAUGAUGAAAAGAGGGAUCUUGCUACACUGACUUUCCAAGAGUCUGUCAAGGCCAACACAACAGCGGUCUUGGAUAUUGUGUUUGAGGGUGUAUUGAAUGACCAGAUGGCCGGUUUCUAUCGUUCGUCGUACAAGGACGACAAUGGUGAAGUUCAGUACCUUGCAACAACCCAGUUUGAAGCUACUGAUGCCAGACGCGCCUUCCCAUGCUGGGAUGAGCCUUCUCUCAAGGCCACAUUUGAUGUCACACUUAUCGUCCCUGAUCACUUGACCGCCCUAUCCAACAUGAACGUUCUGUCCGAAAAACCUUAUCACGAAGUAGGCAAGGGAACCGAGGAAGUCAAGUACGCCACCACUCCUUUGAUGAGCACAUACCUCUUGGCAUUUGUGGUCGGUCCAUUUGAGUAUAUCGAAGCUUUCACCUCUGGCGAACAUAAUGGCCAGCCCAUCCGCUCCCGUGUCUACGCCUUACCUGGCUCGGUUGAACAGGGUCGCCAUGCACUCAAUGUCUGUGUUUUGGCUCUGGAGUACUUUGCAAAGGUGUUUGGUGAAGCCUAUCCUCUUCCCAAGGUCGACAUGGUUGCUAUUCCUGAUUUUGAGGCCGGCGCCAUGGAGAACUGGGGUCUCAUCACUUACCGUACCGUUGCUCUUUUGUAUGACGAAAAGUCGUCGUCUAUUGUCUUUAAGAAAAGCACUGCCUACACUGUCUGUCACGAACUCGCUCAUCAGUGGUUCGGUAACUUGGUUACAAUGGAGUGGUGGGAUCACUUGUGGUUGAAUGAAGGUUUUGCUACUUGGGUCGGAUGGUUGGCCGUUGACAACAUCUUCCCUGACUGGGAUGUGUGGACCUCAUUUGUCAAUGAAGAUAUGCCCAGAGCUUUGAAUCUCGAUGCUCUGCGAUCCUCCCACCCAAUCGAAGUUGCCGUCAACGAUCCCGCAGAGAUUCACCAGAUCUUCGAUGCCAUUUCUUACUACAAGGGUGCCAGUGUCAUUCGUAUGUUGAGCUCAUGGCUUGGUGUCGAGACAUUCUUGGCUGGUGUUAGACGUUACCUCCACCGUCACAAGUUGAGCAAUGCAUCCACAAAUGAUCUCUGGACUGCCCUCAGUGAAGAAGCUGGUGUGGAUGUGUCUAACUUUAUGACCUUGUGGACCAAGCGCGUUGGCUAUCCUGUACUGAAGGUUCACCAGGACGAUCCUUCGUCUUUCCAGGUCACCCAAACUCGUUACUUGUCUACUGGUGAUCUCAAGGAAGAAGAAGACGAAACUGUCUGGUGGGCACCUUUGGGAGUCCUUACCCCCGAAAAGAUCGAAAGCUGGACCUUGACCGAGAAGACCCAGAACUUUGACUUGACCUCCGAGACCUUGUUCAAGCUCAAUGCUAACCAGACCGCAGUUUACCGGGUUAACUACCCCAUUGACAUCAUCCGCAAGUUUGCCGAUGAAAUCAAGAAAGAAAACAGCGGCCUUUUGCACAACACAUCCGACCGUGUUGGUCUUUUGGCUGAUUCCGGUAACCUGUGUGUCAGUGGUGAACAGACCACGGCUGCCUUCCUUGAAUUGGCUGAAGCAUUUGAGAACGAGACUGAUUACUUUGUCUGGUCUCAGUUGAGCACUCACCUCGGAAACAUUCUGUCUACAUGGUACGGUCAGCCCCCUGCUAUCCGAGACGCCAUCAAGGGUCUGCGCCGCAGCCUGUUUGCCCCUGUUGCCCACCGCCUCGGCUGGGAAUUUGCUGCUACUGACGACUACCUGACCAACAUCCUGCGUGUGCUUGCUAUUUCGAAUGCUGGCCUAUCCAAAGACGCUGCCACAAUCGACGAGGCCAAGCGCCGAUUCUGGCUGUGCGCUGGUGGCGAUACCGAGGCUCUGCAUCCCAACCUGCGUGGCCCGGUCUACAACAUUGUCUUGCGUGCUGCCAAGGACGAAGAAGAAGAGAUCCGCCUCUGGGACGAGAUCCACAAGAUCUACCAUGACCAGACCAUCCCAACCGACCAGCGCCUGAUUGCCCUGAGUGCGCUUGGUGGAGCCAAGAGCCCGACUCUUAUCGACCGCUACUUGCAGAUGAGCCUGGACGAGAACGAAGUCCGUGGCCAGGACUCCAUUUACGUCUUUAGAUCACUCUCGACAAACCCCGAAGCCCGCGAUCUGUUCUGGGACUUUUUCUCGCAGAAUUACGACAUGCUGCACGCAAAGUUUGCAAAGUCGCUUUCCUUGUUUGGCUCGGCUGUCCGCUCGUCCGUCAGUGGAUUCACUUGCUUGGACAAGAUUGCAGAAAUCGAGGCCUUUUUUGCCGAAAAGGAUACUCGUGAAUAUGCCCGUCCUCUUCAGCAGGCCAUCGAAGGUGCCAAGGUGAAUGGCAAGUGGGUCCAGCGUGAUCAUGAGUCGGUUGCCGCAUGGGUCGAGAAGAACUCUGGUCGCUUUGCUUAAAAACAUCAAGAAAUAAUAAGAACCAAAUGAACCUCAAAGAAGGUUGAAAGAAACCAAACAGAGCAACAAGCAAGCAAGCAAACAAACAAACAAAAAAUGAGAAAAAAAAAUGUUGUAAAGUCAAAAAAGCAACCAUUGUAUAUAGAAUUGUAAAGAAAACAAAAACACACACACACAGGUACCCACAUACAAGAAUAUAAAGAAGAAACAUCUUACUGGUAGUGUAGUUGUUUUGGAUAAAAGAAAAAUAAACCUCUCAUUAUUAUACAAAAAUAAAGAAAGAAAGAAAGAAAGAAAGAAUCGAGCUAUAUAGAGCUAAUUUUGACAUGAGUG